CCACCGAUAACAGUUUACGGGGGGUGGGGGAAAACCGUUGUUUGUGGCGAACGCGCGGGAUUCGCAUGUGCCCGCGCUACGUCGACGCUGCUGACUGCAGUGCUUCUGCUUCAGCGCAACGUGUUCGGUGUCGUAGUCUUCGGGUUCUGUGCGUUUGUUCUUAUCCGGUUUCCGCGUUCGAUCGAGACACGGUGUCUUAUCGCGCCAACAUCCGAUUUCGGUUUACGGUCGUUCGGUUCCACCGAUCGGAAAUAAUAUAUUAUUUUAUUGAUAUUGAGUGAAAUUAAAAUCCGAGUGCCGACGCUUGUGACCGUGAAAGAUGAACGACCGGCCGUGGGCUGCGAUACCAUCAUCGUCGUCGUCGCCGUGACCCGGGGACACGAUUAGUAACAUCGCGACGACGGGAUACGUCGAAGGAAUGAUUCCUGAUCACGUAAACUGCAGAAACAGAAUCUACGCGUGAUUUUGUAUGUCCAUCACGAUGAUCACAGAAACUACGACUGGCCCCGUACUGGCUACCGGGGGUGUCAAAAUAAAACGCCCAAGUUUUAAAUCCAGGGGCAGUGCCGGGUCACACGUUAACCGGACGGGAAGCUUCAGAGGCUACCAGACAAUCCGGGUGUCGGUGCCGUCCUCGAUGGUUGCUGAGAUAGCGUCAAAGUUCAACGCGGUAGUGGUGGACGCCAAUCAGGGGGACUCGAUGCAGGACAUCAUGAAAAAGCUGAGCAAAACACUGGCUAAAGGCACUACGGUCCGGACUAAGGUGACUACUGUCCGGGAAAAGGGCGUCGUGGUACGGGCCACGGUGGAAAAGUUCGAGUCGACCUCGCAUAAGAAGCGUUGCGUCAACCAGAUGGUAGUAGUGAGAACCAACUCAAAUCAGAGGGCGGUUGAGGAAAGGCCGUCUGUUGUGAAACAGAGGGUGGCCGAAGAUCAUCGGACUACCGUGGAACAUCCCAUUGCUGUAGAAUUAUCGUCAGACGCUGAACAGCGGAAGAUCACAGAUAAUCUAACCGCCGUGGAACAACAAACCACCAUGAUACAUCCCAUUGCCACUAAAAAUCGCACCAUCGAACAGCGAAAUACUAUCGAUCAGCGCACGCCGUCGUCCAUAGUGAAGAAGUUGAUGGUGCAGUUCGAAAACGGUAAAAAACCGACAAAACCUAGUGUCCUGGGACCGAAACCGAACAUCGCAACUCCCAGCGUUAGACGAAAUGAACGGAGGCCACUGCUGCAAAAAGACACAAUUAGCGCAGUGGACAGACAUCUGUUAAAUAAAGACAAACGGUUAUCGAUCGCCAGAGAUCCAGACGCUCAGUUGGAGAGCGUUUUAAACGUAACACCUUCGCCAAAAAACGUACUACAACCGAUAGAAAGGGAGCAAUCGCCACCACAAGAAGACUUGGAGCAGCAGUGGUCAAUAGAAACUGAUCGAUCGACACUACAGAAAGACCUAAAUCAGCAACAAUCAAUAGAAACAGAUCGAUCGCCUACACGAGCGGUCUUACAGCAGCCAACUGAAACAACUACGACUAGGUCUCCACCACCGCUGCCGUUAAAACCAAACUGUUCCUUUCUGCAUGGUUGGAAACGGCCAUUGACUACGACUUUAACCACUACCGCAAGUGCUAUCGCCGUAACAACUACACUUGCUACAACUACUCUCGAUAUAACUACCCCAGUCUCCACCACACCCGUUACCACUACCCCUGUUGUCAACAUCUCCAUCACCACAACCCCCGUUAUAAACACCACGUCAACUAUUGUUACCUCAGUCGCAACCACCAUUACUAACCAUAAAGGUAGACGACAUAGUGUCGACAAGGAAUGUUCAACGCAACUCUUAUCGUCCCUCAUCGUCGCGACUCCUACUACCUGCGUGCUUACUUCGUUAGCCGAAGAUACCCUCACCACGAAUUCUUUUUCCAUUGACACUACUACCGUUGGUGCCAACAACACUGCCAUCACUGUCGAUACUACUGCCGACAACACAGCUGAAAUCGGUGCACACGACUACAACUACAUCGUUGGUGAUGAAUCCAUCUACGAGGAGCUGCGCUACAUACGACCAACACCUACCGAUGUCGUCACCGGGACCACGGAAGUGCCAGUGUCCAACGCCAUGGCGGAAAAUCCAUACACUGUAGAUUGCUCUAACUAUGAUCACUAUACCACAAUCGAUUGUGGCGAACAAAACAUAUACGAUGUCGUUACGACCGCUACCAAUGCCUACGAAGAUAACAGCUACGAGACGGUUCAACCGCCGUUGCCCCCGUUGCCCCCACCACCACCACCAGUCGUCUCCGUUACAGUCACUGACUUAUCAUCGCAGCAACUUCCUGUAAACGGCGAUAGUGACGAAAACGGCAUGCAAGAGAAAAGAGAGAUGUCCGAUAAUUCGGUGGAAAUCGAUAACAGUAUUUAUGGAAUAAAUCCACCAUCAGAAUCCACUUCGUCUGGUGUCACAUCGGAUAGUGUUAGUGUUGACAGAAAUAGUAAAUUUGACGAAGAUGAUGGUUGGGUGGAUGUUCCCUCGUCUGAAGAAAUUAUUUUAAUACCGUAUCCUUCCAAUAGAUUUCGUCAAAAGCCAAAGGUUAAGAAGCCAAAGAAACCAUUUUCAAAACUAAUACAUGGACUUUUAAAUAAAGAUCACAAUACCGGGAACACUAUUAACCAAGAAAUACCGGAGAACAUCUAUGUUUUCGAUUCAUUUAGCUCUGAUAAUUCCUCUGAUGAUGACGGGGAAAAUGUCAAACAGAUACCCGAAUAUCCAUGCAAAGAUCGAGUUUUGCCACCUCCACCAAGCUAUGAACGAAACUAUGGAAUUGGACCAUUAGUCAAUAAAGCUAGGAAACGAUUUAAAAAGGGAUGGUCAUUUGGAUCACUUUCAUCACUUGGCAUAAAACGAGUAGGAAAAUUAAGUCAAGGAAAUCUAACAACCGACUUUGACAAUAGAACUUAUGAAAGCACAUCAGAUAAAAGUGUUGACAAAAGUUUUAAUUCAUUGGCGAAUAGUAAUAGUCCGUCUUCAUCUGUUUUCUAUAUUCCUAUAUAUAAACAUAUUAUUGGAAAUGGUGAAAUUCGACCUGUACGAAACAGAAACAAACCACCAUCGUCUAUUGAUUCGAGACGUCUAAGUGUAGCAAGACCUAGUUCACCACCACCCCCUCCACCAGUAAAACGACAUUCAACUGGAAAUACCACUUAUAGUUCAUUACCUCGUUCAAUUUACAAUUCUAAAGGAAGGCCAGUUAUUUCAUUGGAUAAAAGUAGCACUGAGUCAGCGUCUGAAAAUGGUUCAAAUCAUGGUUCAGAUUUGUGUAUACGAUUUGCUGAUGAACCGUUGUAUCAGUUUUAUGCAGCUGAUAUAUCUGAACGGACAAAAAGUGUUUUUGCUGGUGACAUUAUGAAAGAUUGUGAUGGUUAUGAAGAAAUUAGUUCAAUCUCAAGUAGACCGUCAGCUCUAGAGCUUAUAACACCUUGUACAUCUGGUCACGGGCAACACAGAUCUUUAUGGUGUGAAGUUCCAGAAGUAAAACAUAGUGGCAUUAUAGAUUCGUUAACACCAAGAGAACGAAAGUUACAAGAAGCAAAAUUUGAAUUAAUAACUUCUGAAGCAUCUUAUUUUAAAUCUUUAACUGUACUUGAGAAACAUUUCAUAAAUAGUCAUUCAAUGAAUGAUGAUACUAUUUUAAGUAAAAAAGAUCAAAAGAUUUUGUUUGGAAAUGUUAAUCCAGUACGUAAAUGUUCUGAAAAAUUACUGGCGGCAUUAGAAAAAUGUUGGCAAGACAACAUACUACUUAGUGGACUUAGUGAAAUUUUAUACAAACAUUCUAAAGAAAACUUUGAUAUUUUUGUAAAAUAUUGCUCAAAUCAAAUUUAUAUAGACCGUACUUUAAAGUCAUUGAGAGAAAAUCAAAAAUUCAAUGAAGCUUUACAAAGACUGGAAUCAGAUCCAAAGUGCCAAUCGCUCUCUCUUCAUUCGUUCCUAAUGUUACCUAUGCAAAGAAUAACUAGAUUACCUCUACUUGUUGAUGCUAUUUUGUCACAAAUGGAUUCAAAAGAAAAUUCUUUGGAGUAUCAAAUGUGUGAAUUAACUUUAGCUUCUUUAAACGCAAUUGUUCAAAACUGCAAUGAAAGUACUAGAAAAUUAGAACGUUAUGAAGAAAUGUUGUUACUUAGUCAACAAUUAGAAUUUUCUAGUAAAAAAGAAAUGAAAGCUAUGUCAGUAGCUUCUAGUUCACGCUGGUUAGUUCGUUCUGGUUCUAUGUUACAUUUGACUGGUCCUGAUGCAAAGUUAACCUUUAGCAGAAAAUUGAUACGACCAACUAAACUUUACUUCUUCCUAUUCAAUGACAUGUUUUUCAUAGCAAAACGUAAAAGUGAUGGAAACUAUACAGUGAUAGAUUACUGUGCAAGAAAUUUUGUAGAAAUGGGACAUGCAACUGAAUUAAUUAUUCCUUCAUCAUAUAAGAACCUUUUGAAGCUAACUAUUUUAGAAAAUCACGAAGGAAAGACUGUUGAAAUGUUAUUGAGUUGUGAUUCUGAAUCUUCAAAAAAACGCUGGAUUGAAGCAAUGUCACCUCCCAUCAGUUCCAAUCCUGACGAAACACUAUACAAUGAAUGGGACUGUCCUCAAGUGUUUUCGGAACAUCCAUACACUGCUAUACAACCUGAUGAAUUGUCAUUACAAAGUGGAGACAUUGUAAAAGUUUUGACUAAAAUGAACGAUGGAUGGUACCAUGGUGAGCGAAUUCGUGAUGGUGAGAAGGGAUGGUUUCCUGGUAAUUACACAACAGAAAUAGCAUCACAACAUGCUAGAGCUAAAAAUCUUAAACAACGCUAUCGUUUAUUAGCCAUGUCUGGAAGUUACCUGCAGUCUCGUCAAGAAAAAAUUAAAAAAAAAAAAAAUAGUCAAAUUAUUUAAAUUGAAUUAUUAUUAAAAAAAAUUCUACAUUUUAAAAAUAACCCCCUCCCUUAAAAAGUAAAUACAUUAUUAUAAAACAGUUGUUUGUUGUUAAUAAUUUGUUCUGCUUUUGACUUUAACUAGUAAUAAUGUACUAUUAGUAUUUAAUAAACAUCAAAAUUUAUUCCAACAUAUUAUAUAGAUAUAUAUUUAAAAAGAAUUAGAAAAAUGUAUUAAAACCUAUUAAGACAAAAUGUUGAUCAAUGCUUGUUGAAAACAAAAAUAUAGGAAGGCACCUUAGACUUGAGUUAUUAUACUAUGUAAUGUUUAUUUACCGAUUAAUUUAUUUUAUUUUAUGUAAAACUAUUUAUCCUUUUUGUACUUACCUAGACAAGGUUAAAUACUUAACCUCGCUCAUUUAAUUUUAAUUAAAUAAAUGUAAAUAAUUAUUGUUUA